AUGGCCGCCGUUGAAGAACCAUCGGUAGCCGUCAUUGGCCUCGGCGCUCAAGGCCUCGUCACAGUGAAAAACCUCCUUGAACAAGGCUUCCGUGUCACAGGCUUCGAGCGACACGGCUACGUCGGUGGUAUAUGGCAUUACUCGGCGCAACAUCACGUCUCUGCUCUACCCUCAACCGUCGUCAACGUGUCCCGAGAGCGAGCUUGUUUCACUGACUUCGCCUUCCCACCCGGCACAGAUUCAUACCCCAGCGCGGCCCAGGUCGACCAAUAUCUCAACAACUACGCCGAUGCCUUCAACCUUCGUCCACAUCUUCGGCUCUGCACGAAUGUGCAAUCCAUCGAGCGCGAUGAGAUCAAGAAUUGCUGGCGGCUGACUAUUCAGUCGCCAAACACUUUCAAGCCAGAAACUCUCACAUUCGACAAAGUCGCCAUGGCAAAUGGCCCGCAUAACAAACCCAUUCUCCCAGAUUUGCCUGGCCUCGAUCUUUUCGGUGGCGAGAUUGUGCACUCUAUAGCAUUCAAGGAACCGCAGGCUUUCACGGGCAAAAGGGUCUUGGUGGUAGGGGCCAGCAACUCCGCUGCCGACACCGCAACUUCCCUCGUUGGCAGUGCCAGUAAAAUUUACCUCUCCCAUAGGCACGGCUCGCUUGUGCUCCCGCGCUUCCUCAAGGACGGCAACUCGCUCGAUCAUACACUCAACUACCGCAAACUGGAAAUGAAAGACACCAUCGAUCGCCUGGGGCCUAGCCUUUCGGUCAAAUUCAUGGACAACUUGGUCAACGGCAUUCAACGCGAACAAUACGGCCAACUCGAUCCAGCAUGGCGUCUGGAUCCGGCACCAUCAUUGCUACACCAGAAUCCAACCGUGUCUGACAGUUUGAUCCCUGCCCUACGCACUGGAACGAUCACAUCCACGCACGCGCCCCAACGAGUAAUAGGAAACGACCAAGUCGGACUCGAAGACGGCACCGUCGUCGCUGUCGAUAGUAUUAUUUUCUGCACGGGUUAUGCAAUAGAUUAUUCUAUCCUAGGCAAAUUCGACCCGACCAUCUCACCCACCGCCCCGGGUGGCCACGACAACGAGACACCGAGAUUAUACCAGAACAUCUUUUCCCUCGACCAUCCCGACAGUCUAGCUUUCAUUGGUAUUGCGCUCAUUAUUUUUCCAGCGUUCCUCCUUUCUGACCUGACAUCUAUGGCCCUUGCGCAGAUCUGGUCAAAUCGAGCGGACACGCCCUCUCUUCCGCCACAGAAGGAAAUGGAACAAUGGUACGCCGAUCACUUAGCCUACGUCAGGAGUCUCCGCGCUCUCAGCCCACAUGGGAAGUUCGUCAAGCUGAGCGUGCGCAGUGGGCAAUGGCUACCAUGGGUGCAGGACACCGCGGGCUGUGAGGUCGGUAAGUACCUGGACUUCUUCAGCCUACCGGCCUGGAAGCUAUGGUGGCAGGACCGAAAGUUUUCCAAUCUGCUGGUCCAUGGGAUCUGGUCGCCACACGUCUAUCGGUUGUUCGAGCCGAAACGGCCUGGCGGCCGGAAAAAGUGGGAUGGUGCACGAGAGGCGAUUGAAAGAGUUAAUGCAGAUGUCGAAGCUGGACUUGAAAGGCGAAGGAGCGCUGCCCGGGAACCGGGGCAGGUCAACUGAAGCAACCACCUCGGAAUUAGCUUACUAGUACUGGACCACCUUCAGGACUGCAGGACGGUAACAUGCUAAGCCAGCGGCCUCUUGCGUUGGCAAAGGAUUGUGGUUCUAUGCUCUGGAAUAGUAGAUUUAUGUCUACAGAUAUACCUGGCUGCGCCAUGGGGAAGCGAUAAGUAUGACUAGAGUCAAGACGGGCCACUUACUUAGAUUUAUGCGCUUUUAUAAAGAUACCAACGCGCUCUGCGCGCGACUGAUACUGGCCCAAA